AUGAUUGUUAGGCAAUGCCAACCUGCUACUACUAUACAACAAGCCUAUCGGAUACAUUUGGCGCAAAAGGAAUUGAAAAAGUUACGCUUAGAAGUUGACAAGAAAACGAAAGCAGCUUGCAUAAUCCAGAGAUACUACCGUGGUUAUAUUGGCCGUAAGAAACGACAGCGACAGAAAUAUCAGCGAGCAGCAGUCGUCAUACAGAGUCGAGUUCGUGGUUAUUUGGCACGGAUACACUAUCAGAGCAUGCGUCAAAUUACGUAA